CUAACUUGCUUCAUCAAGCAGGCAACCCAAAUUCAAAAUCAAAAUCAAAAUCAAAAUUGAAAGUUACCUCCAUAAAUAAUCCCACUUGGUGUAACAAUGUGUGAUGCACCACCGUCUCUACUAAUCCUCAGAAACCUUCCAAUUUCAAGUUCCCCAAAUCGUUCUACUUGUUCAACCAAACCCACAAUUAGAUCCAAUUUCCCACGAGUUUAUGCCUCCGUGAAUCAAAAUCAUUCAAACAGAUGGUCUCUUCAUGGGAAAACAGCUCUUGUUACUGGCGGUACCAGAGGAAUUGGACGUGCGAUUGUGGAGGAAUUGGCUGGACAUGGGGCGAUCGUGCACACGUGUGCUCGAAAUGAGUCUGAACUUAAUAGCUGUUUGAAGGGUUGGAUGGAUGAGGGUUUCGAGAUCACUGGUUCAGUCUGUGAUGUGUCCUCACAACGUGAUCGUGAGAAGUUAAUGGAUGAUGUUUCCCAUUUGUUCAGUGGAAAGCUUUAUAUACUUAUAAACAAUGUUGGGACAAACAUUCGGAAACCUAUGGUGGAGUUGACAACCGAAGAGUUUUCCACACUGAUGUCAACUAAUUUUGAAUCCGUUUUUCACAUCUGCCAACUUGCAUAUCCGUUUCUCAAAGCGUCAAGAGCAGGCAGUGUCGUGUUCACUUCAUCAGUCUCGGCCUUUGUCUCACUCAAGUCCAUGACACUCCAAGGAGCCACCAAAGGAGCAAUUAAUCAGCUUACAAAAAAUUUGGCUUGUGAAUGGGCAAAAGAUGAUAUCAGGAGCAAUGCUGUUGCCCCUUGGUAUAUCAAAACCUCCAUGGUAGAACAAGUACUGCGAAACAAAGAGUAUGUCGAAGAGGUCCUUCAUUGUACACCACUUGGGCGACUUGGGAAUCCGAAUGAGGUCUCAUCGUUAGUUGCAUUUCUUUGCAUGCCGGCUUCUUCAUAUAUCACGGGCCAAAUCAUAUGUGUCGAUGGUGGGAUGUCUGUAAACGGUUUUUACCCGAGCUAUGACUAGCUUUUUCUUGCUAAUCUUGUACUUUUCUAUAGAAUCAAGCCUUAACGAGUGCUACCAAAUUGCUAAUUUACUUCUUUAUGUCGUUGUUGCUUCUA